UGCAAGCAGUGUGUGGGCACAAGGCGAGGUGUGGGUUUGCCCCAUCCCUACCUUCUCAGGCAGCAGCCUGGGGCCGGUCCUGGCAGGGCUUUUUCGUCUGGAUGAGAAGAUCUCGAGUCUCCGCGUCCCCAGAAGGCUCCCUCUGGAUGAUAGCUGCUCUCUGGGUACCGCUGCAGGACCACGUCAGGUUGCAAGGAGUGCUGGGCAACCCAGCAACAGCAGCUGCAGCACCAAGCCUCUGCACUCAACAAAUUUCUGUUGGUCUUGACAGAAAUGUUUUGUCUGAGAGAAUACCCCUGAGGACAAAUACUGCAGCAGCUUCAUCUUGCUGUGAAAGAAUCUCUGUGCUUUUAGGAUUCAACCUGAUAUCUCAUUAAAGUGGCAAUUACCACCUUCCUAAUUGUUUUAUUGCAUUGCCAUCUCCUCCCCUACUCUUCCCCAGUGUUGGCAUCCUUCUGAGAUUGUUCAUUACUGUCUGCAUUUGCCUGCAGCUCGCAGGCAUGGCACCGUGGUUCCAUCCACAUUGUCACACAGCAAUGGGGAACUUUGUUUUGGGUCCAGAAUAGGGAAACAGGGACAUCAUGGGAAGCAGCUCCUUCCUCAGGGGGUACCCAGGUGCUGAGCACCUGCUGACCCCAAACCCCUCAGCAGUAGGACAGAGCCAUGGGUGGCACUGGGGAGCACUGGGACAGGCCUUGAGGAGGGACAUAGCACCCCAGUGCAUCACCUGCUGUGACACAGGGUGGCACUGGCAGGGCUGUGAGUCACUCCCUCCCUCCGCCCUGGACUUUGCCUCUUGCGGAUGCUCGGGGCAAUAAAACUGGGAGCAGGGAGGGAGUGGGACAGGGGUGAGGGCUGGGAGCAGUGUUCAGGGCGGCCCCGUGCCUGCCCCCACAUCCCAGCCCACAGAGUCCCAUGCAGCCGCUGUCUGGAAGUCAGAGCUCGGCCCCGGGGCCCCCUGAGCCCACGGUCGCUGAGAUCAAAGCCGUUGUGGUCGGGGAUGGGGGCUGUGGGAAGACAUCUCUGCUGAUGGUCUUUGCCAGAGGGGACUUCCCCAAGGUCUACGUCCCCACAGUGUUCGAGAAGUACACAGCCUCCUUCCGGAUCAGCGGCAAGCCUGCCAAGAUCCACCUGUGGGACACAGCAGGGCAGGAAGACUACGACAGGCUGCGCCCGCUGUCCUACUCAGACACCAACGUUGUCCUCAUAUGCUUCGAUGUCACCAGCCGCAGCAGCUACGACAACAUCCUAACGAAGUGGUACCCGGAGGUCAACCACUUCUGCAAGGGUGUCCCGAUGCUGCUGGUGGGCUGCAAGACCGACCUGCGGCAGGGCCACCACGAGUCUGUCACCUUCCAGGAGGGGGAGGCCAUGGCCCGGCAGGUGCAGGCUGCAGCCUACUUGGAGUGCUCAGCGCUGCACCGGGACAAUGUCAGGGAUGUCUUCAUUGAGGCCUGUACCAUCGCGCUCCGUGGUGCCCGUCGGCCCCGCCGCAAGAGGUGGCCCCGCAAUGGCUGUGUGCUCUGCUGAGUGCCAGCACCAUGAGGCUGAGAGGAGGGCAGCCCCGGUACACAGGCCGCCGGCACCUCCCGAGGGCUGGGAAUUGACUUGGGGAUCCCUGAGCCCUGCUGGACAGGAACGGAUGCAUCCCCUUGCAGCACCAUUGUGGUGUGGUAUUAAAAUUCAGAGAUCAGCGUGAUGUGGUGUUUGUGGGCAGCCCCGGUGCACGGACGGGACGGGUGGGGAUGGGCUGGGAAUGGGAUGGGAAUGGAGGUGGAGGCUGAGACAAGAUGGGACGAGGAUGAGACGGAGAUGGGAUGGAGAUGGUGUGCAUUAGGUGAAAACCAACUUAGAGGAAACCAACCUCCUGUUCCAACCUUUUAAAAUGAAAUUUUAGCAUGUCAAAACGUCAAGCAGUGAUUUCUGUUCCACUUUCACGAGGGCUGCUCUCAAAGCAACGUCCCUGGGUAACCUGACCCUGCCGCAGGGUCGGGCAGUUGGAGACGGAUGCUCUCUUCCCGCCGGACCGUUCUAUGGUUCUACGAUCUCCAAGGACUCUUCCUACACAACCACGCCGUGGCCGUGUGUGCUCACACGUGUGCGCGUGCACGCACAGCAUCACAACACGCGCCCACCCGCGCGCGGCUCGCACGGUACGUGUGUGCACUCCCGCACGCACGCAAGCCGACGUGCGCACGGCCGGCCGCGGGGGCGCGCUCACACGGAGAGAACGAGAGGUUCCCCGCGCGCAUGCGCGGAGCCGUGCCCACGAGGAGGCGUGGCCAGCGCGCCGUCUCGGAGA